AUGGAGUCAGGGUCAAGGCGCCGGGAUCAGGACCCACCACCGGAAGGCCGGGAUUACGUCAGGGUCCUGCACCGUCCGGCCCCUCAGCCCGUCCCCCAGCGCCCCACAGCACCCCCCCAUGGCCUUGUCCAAACCGACAGCCCCAACAUCCUGUGCAGCUGCCUGCCUCAGCACUGGAGGUGCAAUAAGACGCUGCCAAGAGCCUUCACCGUGGUGGCCCUGGGUGAUGAUGUGGUGGACGGGGUGGUGGUCACCCUGAUGGCCGGCAACGAGGACAACAGCAGUGCUGAGCUUCGCAAUGCCACCGCUACCAUGAAGCAAGGCCACGCCCACUUCAAUGACCUGCGCUUCAUAGGACGCAGCGGGAGAGGAAAGAGUUUCAGUCUGUCCAUCAAUGUGCUGACCCGCCCCCCUCAGAUUGCCACCCUGCAGGGAGCCAUCAAGAUCACGGUGGAUGGACCACGCCUGCCCCGACGACAGAGACAGAAAGAGGGGAAGUCAGGAAUGUUCCGGUCCACCAACAGCAUCACCACUCUCACACCUUCAGACACUGGCUCCAUCCUCUCCUCUUUCUGGCCCGGUGAGCCGCCGUUUCUUGGCCCUGUGACGUCUCUGGCACCGACGUUCACCACCAGAAUGCAUAGUCUGUCUUCCUAUCCAAACCCUGCUUCUCCUUACCCACACUAUCUCCCCCCUCUGAGCCACAGUGGUCAGUUCCAGCAGGGAAACUUCUACUGUGGACCGAACCAAGCGCUCCACUCCAUGGGGGAUGUGCCCACCCAGUUCAUGAACCACAUUGAAGGGCCCUGUCUUUCCUUCAGAGGGGAGGAGCCUGUUUGGAGGCCCUAUUGA